AUGGUUGUGGCAGAGAGCGCCGAGCAAAUGGAAGAGAUGAUGAAGGAACUGCUGAAGGCUAGCAAAACGAUUGGCCUCCACUUGAAUGCUCAGAAGACCAGAUUAAUGACAAAUUCCGAAAAAAUAAGGGUAGAAAUCGACUGUGGAAUUCUUGAUUACGUGGAAGACUACGAAUAUCUGGGCCAGGUUAUAUCGUUUGUCAACAGAUCUGGGAAAGAAAUCAAGCACAGAAUUGAUAAAGGGUGGAAGAAAUAUUGGGCACUGAAACGCAACUUCAAGGGCAAUUACUCAAAUAAUUUGAAAGGAAAAGCGCUAUCCAUGUGUGUCUAUCCGACGAUAUUGUAUGGCUCGCAAACAUGGGCGCUCACAGAGUACUUGGACAGGAGGUUGGAGACCACACAAACGAAAAUACUGCGUAGCAUUCUUCGCAUAAGGCUGAGUGAACGUUCAAGAAACACUGAUAUAUUGAGAAGAGUGCGCGUCAAAUACCUACAACGAGAGGCGCACAUAUUGAAGUGGAAGUGGGCGGGCCACGUCGCGAGAAUGGACGAAACCGGUGGACCAGGACUUGCACUGAGUGGGUGCCGAGGGACAGGACCAGGAGCAGAGGACGGCCACCAACCCGAUGGAGGGACGAGCUAUGUCAAAGGGUAG